AUGAGAGCCCUGCCCUCGUGGGUCCUGAUAGCACCUCGCCCUAACUAUAUGAGAGCCCUGCCCUUGUGGGUCCUGAUAGCAUCUCGCCCUAACUAUAUGAGAGCCCUGCCCUUGUGGGUCCUGAUAGCAUCUCGCCCUAACUAUAUGAGAGCUCUGCCCUUGUGGGUCCUGAUAGCAUCUCGCCCUAACUAUAUGAGAGCCCUGCCCUUGUGGGUCCUGAUAGCAUCUCGCCCUAACUAUAUGAGAGCCCUGCCCUCGUGGGUCCUGAUAGCAUAUCGCCCUAACUAUAUGAGAGCCCUGCCCUCGUGGGUCCUGAUAGCACCUCGCCCUAACUAUAUGAGAGCCCUGCCCUUGUGGGUCCUGAUAGCAUCUUGCCCUAACUAUAUGAGAGCCCUGCCCUUGUGGGUCCUGAUAGCAUCUCGCCCUAGCUAUAUGAGAGCCCUGCCCUUGUGGGUCCUGAUAGCAUCUCGCCCUAACUAUAUGAGAGCCCUGCCCUUGUGGGUCCUGAUAGCAUCUCGCCCUAACUAUAUGAGAGCCCUGCCCUUGUGGGUCCUGAUAGCAUCUCGCCCUAACUAUAUGAGAGCCCUGCCCUCGUGGGUCCUGAUAGCACCUCGCCCUAACUAUAUGAGAGCCCUGCCCUUGUGGGUCCUGAUAGCAUAUCUCUCUAACUAG